AUGAAUGAUGAAAAAUUAAUAAUACUCGUGUCAAAAUAUGAGUGUUUAUUUGACAUAACCAAGCCAUCAUAUAGCGAUCGGAUAAUGAAAGACAAUGCAUGGGAGGAAAUUAGCAAAUGUCUCGGAAUAAGUGAGCCUGGCACACCAAUACCACCACCAUCGACAUCAUCUAAACGUUCUGACCAUUCUGAAGUUGAAUCGCUUGCAAGUACUUCUGGCUCGAAAAAGAGACCACGCUUAAGCAAAGAUGUUGCUACGGUUUUCGAAGAGUAUCUUGAAGAAAAAAGAAAUACUACACCCCGUGACAAGGCAUUACGUAAUUUUUUUUUGUCUAUGUCAGAUACAGUGGAAACAUUCCCAAAAGAAGUCCAAGCACGAAUUAAAAGGCGCGUGUUUAACAUUGUUAAUGAAGCUGAAUUAAGUCUGGAUGUAGUAGUAGUUGAUAGAGCGCUGUACCUGAGGAGGGGAUACGAAGAGUUUAAAACUGCGGCUGUCGUCGUGGAUGAGAUAACGUCCCCCCACGGGCUAGCACACCUGGGCGCAUUCUGGAGCUCCCUUGUCAAAGACGCAGGCGACGGAGCUGGGGCUAUCUUAAUAUCCAUGGCCGCGCGUACAGCAGCUCGGAUGCUGGGGAGGGUGGAUGCUGGGCGCAGCAUCAGGGGGUUCUUUGCCUCAGGGGCAACGAAACCCGUGUUCGCCUGUGCAGUAGCACGGGCUCUGAUAGGCAGACUGGACACCACAAGGUUAUCGAGGGAACUGGGCUGCGUACAGGAGGCGGAGGCCUUAGUGGCCAUGGUAGGGCUCUGGGCGUCAAGGGAGGCCCCUGGGCUAACUAUCUCCGCGGAAGGAGAAGACGAGAGGCCUGCCACUAUUGAAGAAGAAAGGAGCCGGCUAGGCCAGUUGGCCGGGUUGCCGGCAGAGCAGGCCGCGACAGAGGCAGAGAGGGACGCGCCGGGGAGGCGUCUGGAGUUGGCGGUUACCGCCCUGAUUGCGAACAAGCCUUUGGCUUCGCGGGCUGUCGACUCCAGAGUCUGUUUGGUGUGUCUGGCCUCUCACCUCUGUUGCGAGGAGGAUACCCUAGGGAGUCAGGAAGAGGCCGAGACGUCUGGACUGACCUUCGAAGAAGUACGUAGGGCUAUAGUGUCCCGGGGCGGGCGGAGCGCGAGAGCCAUCGCUGUGGCGGCGGCAAUCCACAACCGCGAGAUGCACGCCGCCAAUGGUAACAUACACUUCGCCACCGGAGUGAGUGAUACGCGUCUGGACACAGUGGAGCGACUUCGUAGCAUGACGGAGAGAGGGGAGAGGUAUAAGUGGAGGCCCGGUCGGGGGGUCGCAGACGCCCUUAGAGAGGCAGAGGGUGAGCUCCCAGUGAUGACGGUGCAGACGUCGCUACUGGGGGGCUCCCAAAGCACUGCCCCACCCGCCACACAACACUGCUACUUAGGGCGGGCAGACGUGCUUAUUGAUGACGCAGGGGGAGAACAACCCCGGGCCCAACGCACGGGCGGGAGCGGGGGCAGGAACAUCAGGAGAGAAGGAGCCCGCAGGAAAGCCUGGCCAGGUGCAGGAUGCACAGGAAGGCGGCUCCGAAGACACAGGCUCUCAGGGUGA